GGCUGUGUGCGUCAGUCAUCGUUGUGUCAAUGAUCAGUCCAGACCAUAGUUUUCAUUUUUCAUUGAUCUCACAAUCUUGUCGAAACUUCCCGACGCCAUACACCGAUUUUGAUUGUUACAUUCUCAAGUCUCUAACAUGGAUCCAAAUACCAAGACAAUCCGAAAAAUUAUUGGCCUUGACGAUUCCAAAGGCAAACUAAAGUACCUGAUACAUUUUGAAGGAAUAGAAGAAUGUGAUUUAAUCGAGGCUGAAGAGGCGUAUUCAAUGUGGCCGCAAUUUUUUCUGAAAUAUUUUGAAGAAAAACUUACAUGGGUUAAUGGUAGUUCAGUGGUAAAAAAUUGUGUGAAGAAUUCCAUCAAAACUAACAACAUUAAUGUAAACGAUUCAAAAGUAGUGGAAAAAAUUUUAGGCGGUAUCAAUUCCGGCGGUCAAGUAUUUUUUUUAGUACAAUGGCGGGAUACUAAAGAAUCUGAAUUUAUCGAGGCUCAAGAGGCAUAUAUAAGGUGCCCAAAAUUAGUGCUAGAGUGGUAUCACGAUAAAAUUCAUUUAAAAUAAGUAAGCACUUUUAUAAAAUAGAAUUUUUUUUCUCUCAAUCAUUUUAAACAAAGUUUGUGAAGAACUACUUUUAUACCUAGCCUUUAUUUGAUGUUAACUUAAAAUUUUAAUUUCUAAAUUUAAUACUAUGUAUGAAGACAUGUAGUUUUCUUCCAUUAAAUUGAUGAAAAUUAUUAAUGUAUUUGAUUUAAGCUAUUUGCAUACAUGUAUAACUUUAUGAUAAAAUUUGAAAGCAAUUAAGAUAAUAAAUACAAUUUUAUUUUAA